AUGAGCCCUCGUCUUAGCCCUGAUGGGGGCGAAAGAGGAAACUCCGAUUCGGAAGCUGUAACUGUGCAAGGUCCCACGCAGCAGUUGGACGAUGAUGAUUAUGCUCAUGGAGUACGACUAAGUCUGGUAUUUACUGCGUUGCUGAUCAGCGAUUUCUUGAGUGCUUUAGACAUGUCCAUUUUAGCUACGGCUAUCCCGAAAAUCACCGACGAAUUCCACGGUCUCAACAAGGUCUCGUGGUAUAGCGCCGUGUUUUGGUUGACCAGUGGUGGCUCUCAGUCGGCGUGGGGCAAAGCCUACAAGUACUUCCCUCUGAAAUCGACCUUCCUUGUGGCUAUUACCACUUUUGAAGUGGGAAGCCUGAUAUGCGGUGUGGCGCCCAAUUCGACUGCUCUGAUCCUCGGUCGUGCAAUUGCGGGAUUAGGCGCUGCAGGGAAUUUAACGGGCGUAUACACAAUAAUUGCCUUUACCAUCGAACCUCGAGUUCGAGCCAGGUUUACAGGCGCCGUAGGAAUGGCGUACGGGGUGGCGGCCGUUCUCGGACCGCUUAUCGGGGGAGCUUUCUCAGACCGUGUGUCCUGGCGUUGGUGCUUCUAUAUCAAUCUUCCUAUAGGCGGCAUUGUGGUCUUGAUCAUUUUAUUCUUUCUUCACGUUCCCGCUCGUGCUCAGCCAGUCAAAGCUAGCUGGAAGGAGAAGAUAUUGGCAAUGGACCCUGUCGGCUGUGUUCUGGUUAUGGGUGCGCUCGUAAGCUACAUGUUGGCGCUUCAAUACGGUGGGCAGACCAUGCCGUGGAGCAAUCAUGAAGUCGUUGGGUUGAUCGUCGGCUGGAUCCUUAUCCUAAUCGUCUUCUGCGCCUGGGAGGUCUUACAAGGCGAGCUAGCAUUGAUUAUACCCAGACUGAUAUGCCAGGGUCCCGUGGGGAUUAGCGCUCUGUUCAUAUUCUUUCUAGCCGCGCCAUACUUCGUCGUCAUUUACUACUUACCGGUAUACUUCCAGGGCGUCCAUGGUACCAGUGCCAUUAUGUCCGGUGUUGAUAGUCUUCCACUGGUUAUCUCCACUACCUUGGCCAUGCUCUCCGCUGGGAUCUUCGUUUCCGCUACUGGUAUUCCCGUGCCUCUGCAAAUCGUCGGAGCAGCCCUUGCAACUAUCGCUUCCGGACUCCUCUACACGCUCGAGCCUACUACUAAUGCAGGACCAUGGAUUGGGUACCAGAUUAUAGGAGGAGUAGGCUGGGGCAUGUCAUUCCAGCUUCCGAUUAUCAUUGCUCAAAGUAGUGCUUCCCCUCAAGACAUGUCAUCUAUCACCGCCAUUAUUUUAUGUGAGUCUAGCUUCUGCCCCCGAAAUGUUGCACCAGGUGUUGCCUCGUAUCACGAAAGUACAAUCACUGAAAUGAGUGCAGUUUUCCAAAAUAUCGGAGCCACCACCUUCAAUACAGCAGCGCAAGCCGCAUUUGUCAACACAAUUGCCAGCACUUUAGCCACUACCGCCCCUAAGAUAGACCCCCAAAUAGUGGUUCAAACAGGCGCCACGGAGAUCAGAGCGACCUUCAAUUAUGAGGAUGUUGGCGGCAUUAUCAUGGCAUACAUGGAAGGCAUCAAGAGCGUGAUGGCAAUUUGCAUUGCAUCCUCAGGCAUGGCAUUUCUGGUGGGCAUACUGGGCUUGAGGAAUUGGAAGAAUCAACCUCGUCCAGCUCGAAAGGAGAAGAGGCCAUCAGACACAGAUGUGGCCGAGAUAGAUGAGCCUUGA